AGAGCUGUUCGGCGGGUGCCGGAAACCGGAAGCGCGAAAGGGGCGGUUAGCAAAAAUAAACAACCGUCUGGCUGGGGGUUGGCGACUCAAGAUGGCGGCGCUGCGGCCGAGCCGUUUGGGGCUGGGGUCUCUUCUUCUCCUGCUGCUGCUCGCUGUGGGCGACGAGGCGGCCCGGCCCGAAUUAGAGCCCGCUCCGGAGUCCCUCUCCGAGUCUUUCGAGCCGGCGCUGGGGAACACCGCCCCUUGCCAGCGGACGUGCCAGAGCACCUACCCGCUCCAUACUUAUCCCAAGGUAACAAGCGGCGGGGGGGGGGGGCGCCCCACCUUCCCUACUGAAAUAUUCCGCCACCCCCCAAGAACCACGUCACGAUAGCAGCCAGUUAGUGGGACCUUCCCUUUUCAUCUUGCCACCUGCAUUUAAGCCCCGGGCGCUCCUGGUUUCUUAAAUAAAAAAAUAAGAAUCUGACCCUGGGUUGCGGGCAGGAGGGGCAGCCCCUGCGGCAUCGCUGCUUAUAUUUAAUAUAUCUCCCCACCACCACCCUCAGUGUAGGGAUGCGACCGUGGCUUGUUUUCCUUUCGCUGUGCAGCCCUGGGGGCAACUGGCAGCCGGGGCUGAAUAUUCUUCUUGGCAAGGAAAGGGAAUGGGAAGGAAGCCACACUCCCUGCGGCGACUGCUGCUCCUCCUUUGGCCGGUGGAUGGGGCCUGACUGGUUUUGCCAGUGCUGCGAUGCCCUUCCUGGGGUUGCAACCGCCAAGCGGCUAUUAGAGCGCGGACGGAUUUCUCACCUGGUAAUCUUUGACUGCCUGAGGUGGGGCCUCGCAGCUUGGCUGGGUGCAAGUGGGAGUCUCUACAGUUGCUGUCCGCUAAGUUCUGUGCGAUCAGCUCUCCUCCACUUUCCUCUCCUCAGCUUGUUGGGCUGGCUAGUACACAAAGGAAGUGUGCAAAAAUAAAUCCUUCACGUGUACCAAAAUGCAAAGUGGCAUGAUUUAUUGUUGUUACCUGUUAGCUGCAUUCCUCAUAGAAGUGGCCCGAAGAGACUUACAAAAUGCUGGCAUAGGUCUCAGCUGUCACCUGCACAGCUACCACAUAUCUGCAAAAGGCUGUCAACUUUCAGGAAAAGGAAAACUGCUAAGAUAAGGUAUCUGGAACUGCCUUCAGAUUUUGGUUUCUCUGCAAGCACUUUUGUCAGCUGGUCUGAAGGCCAAAUAAUGGUUGGGCUAAUGAUUUUCACAUUGAUUGACAUAUGGAAACGGAAACUUUUCUAUGUUUCCCCAUGAGAUACUAAGGCUGCAAUUUUAGGUGCAUUACCUGAGAUUAAACUCUAACUAAUUCAAUGGAAUCUGCUUUUUAGUAGGCAUGCAUGGGAUUGCACUCUUAUUUCUCAGCAAACUGCAAAGUAAAAUGUAUUGUGUCUAUAUCAUCUACAGGAUUUGAUCUCUACAUUUUUAUUACAAAAAUAUAGUUGUCAUUAUAGCCCACUUUCCAGCCUAUAUAACUCCCCCAAUUCCACAUCUAGAACCAAAAUAGUGACACUUUGCUGACUUUUAUACUACUGUAAAUUCACUAAGAGUGUUUGUUCAGUAUCUGUCCUGAUAUCUUUCCUAACUCUCUUCUUCCCAGUGCACACAUGGAGCUGAGAAAAUUAUUCUUUAAUUUCACCCACCCAGCCCAGUAUUUGUGUAGCUUCUUGUAGCUACCUGCUUCUUACCGUACAAGAUAACAGGUUUCUCCUCAAUGUUAGGUCUUUACCUGUCAUGAUGAUUAUGCCAAGAUGUUAACAUAAUGACACAUCAGACCAGGGCUUCUCAGCAAACAUGCUCCUUCAUAUCUCUGCCAAAAUUCCUCCUUUCACAUCCAUAUUAUUGUUAGCUACUGUAUGUCUUCCAUGCCGUUGUUUGCCAUUGCACCCAUCAGUGUAAUCAAUACUGCUUUAAGACAUUGACACUGUUACUUUCCUUGAUAGAUACCUAUGGCACUGUUACUACACAGAAAAUACAUAGUUACACAAUGCAUUGUCAUUUGAUUGUUGAACAGCAUAAGAAUUACCAUUUUGGAGCAUGUGUGUUACACCUGCUUUCAGGUUCCUGAUUAAGACUGAAAUAUUCAUAAUAGAUAAAUAUCUAGCUUAAGAAGAAGAAGAAGAAGAAGAAGAGUUUGGAUUUGAUAUCCCGCUUUAUCACUACCGUAGGGAGUCUCAAAGCGGCUAACAUUCUCCUUUCCCUUACUGCCCCACAACAAACACCCUGUGAGGUGAGUGGGGCUGAGAGACUUCAAAGAAAUGUGACUGGCCCAAGGUCACCCAGCAGCUGCAUGUGGAGGAGCGGAGACGCGAACCCGGUUCCCCAGAUUACGAGUCUAUUGCUCUUAACCACUACACCACACUGGCGAGAAGGGGUCCAUAUGUUGACUCCACCACACUGGAGAAGGGGUCCAUAUGUUGACUGGGGAGAAAGGUAAAGGAACCCCUGACCGUUAGGUCCAGUCGUGGACGACUCGGGUUGCACGCUUAUCUCACUCUGUAGGCCGAGGGAGCCGGCAUUUGGCUGCAGACAGCUUCCAGGUCAUGUGGCCAGCAUGACUAAACCAUUUCUGGCGAACCAGAGCAGCGCACGGAAAUGCCGUUUACCUUCCUGCUGGAGCGGUACCUAUUUAUCUACUUGCACUUGACGUGCUUUUGAACUGCUAGGUGGGCAGGAGCUGGGACCGAACAAUGGAAGCUCACCCUGUCGCAGGGAUUCGAACUGCCAACCUUCUGAUCGGCAAGCCCUAGGCUCUGUGGUUUAGACCACAGCGCCACCCGCGUCCCUAGACUGGGGAGAAAGGAUACCUCAAAUACAGGUUGGUCAAAAGCAGUGCCACCCACCCCUAACUCAGGACAGCCACUCCAGAAGGAUAUCAUGGUCAGUGGUAUCAAAAACUGCUGAGAGGUUGAGGAGAAUUAACCAGGACCUAUUUCCUCUGUCUCUCUCCCAACAGAGGUCCUCAUACAGGGCAAUCGAAGCAGUUUCUGUUCCAAAACAGAGCCUAAACCCUGAUUGAAAUGGAUCUAGAAAAUAAAUUUCCAUCAAGGGCACCUGGAUCUGGUCCACGAUCACCCACUCAAGAUAGUUUAUAUUUGUGCAGCUUGUUCCAAAGUAAACUAAAUAAUAAUAUUUUAUUCAACAUCUUGGUUUCAUAUUUGUAUAAGGUGUUUCAAGGCUCAGAUACAAGACUUGUAUUAAAGCCUACUUUUACUAACCUCAGUAGUCUGCUGAAGUCUCAGUGAAAAAUCUUGGCUCACUCUUGUAGCUCUGUGAAAUAAUAAAAGCAAAAGAUUUUUGAAGUUAAACUGUGCAGCACAUUGUGUAUGUCUUUGUGGUAUGAGUAGGGUUAGAGUAGGACGAUUAUAAAAGAGUGAUACUGACCUCUUAGGUUUUCAUUACCAGGAAGAAGAGCUCUAUGCAUGUCAAAGGGGCUGCAGACUCUUCUCCAUUUGUCAGUUUGUGGAUGAUGGGAUUGAUUUGAAUCGGACCAAGUUGGAAUGUGACUCUGGUAAGUUAAGCUAGCCUCUUUUUCAGCUUGUAAUAUAUGGGUGGUCACCACUUUUCUUCCUACUCAGAGUAGGCUGAUUGAACUAUAUUGACCAGUAACUUUAUUUCAGUCAGUCUACCCAAAGUGUGACUUAGUUGGAUAUCUCCCUAGGAGAAGAAUUAACACCAUGAUGUUAAUUGAUUAACAUCAAGAGAGUUCAGCAAGGAGGAAGCUUCCAAAAUCAUGCCACAAAAUAAGUGUCCACAUAAGGGCAUGAAAUCUGAUUUAUUACAAAGUCAAAAAGUAAAUUUGGCUUAACGUCAGCAUGUGUCAGCCACAGAUACCCUGUCAUCAGGGAAAUCUAUAACAAAAUAAUAAGCCUUAAAACAUGCACUUUGUCACAUUUUGUUAGUUAUCAUAAAAUAUGUCAUUGCAAGCUUAAAAAUAAAAUGAGAAAAUAAACAAAAGCUUGCAACGUAAGAGAAUGUUGUGAUAUAAAAUAUAAUAAUAGUGUUGAUGCCUUAAGAUUUUUGUAAUUGUAGCUUCUCCUUUGAAAGAGAAUUUUUCUGAAACAAAGAGGAGUUUUCUGAGAUGAAAGAAAGUGUAAUUAAGAAGUUUUCAGUCACAAAGUUGCUUGCAGCUGGGAUGGGAAUCUCUCAGUCCCAAAGCUAUUUGCAGCUUUGUUGAGACAGUAUGGGUCUUGCUUCUACUGUAUGAGAUAGGUCUGCACCCCGUCAUAAGAUUGAGCCUGUCAUGGAAGAGAAAGUUCUGUUUCCAUGCUGAAUUGGACAUUAAAUAUAAACAUUCAUGAAUAAUAAUCUUGUAAGUUUUGAUUGGAAGUAGAUCCAUUGACUUGAGUAGUGCUCACUUCAAGUAAGCGCACAUAGCAUUGCAGCCCUAAUUGGCUUGCUGAGUAUACAGUUCUGGGAAGAGUUUAUUUUCCCUCUGCAGUUUCUCUGUAUACAAUUGUUAUUUUCACUCUGCGAUGCUAUUAUUUUUCCUGUCUCCUAUCUAAAAUGUUGGAACUGGAGCCUUUUAGAAGUUGCAUCCUGACAGAGUUGGCAAAACUGAAAGCUAAGUAUAUAGCUCAGGGGGCAUACUGAAAGUGAGUGGGUAUUCUGGUUUUAUCCUGCCCCUCUUUGAUAUUUCUGUCACUUGGGGGGUGUUUUUACAGAUCCUGAAUGCUGAAGUGUAGUUCAAUUUUGCCUCUCUUUUAUCUCACCACUGACAUAAUUGGAUUGGAAAGAUGAGCGUCAGGAAGGGAAGUCCAACAUUAGUAGCAAUAUGUGUGGUGUUGCACCCUAAUAUUCAAGUGUGCUUUAGCUGCUUAUGUGGAAGGUGUGAACAUUUAAACUGAAAGAAUGUGUCUUUUACAGCAUGUUCUGAGGCAUAUACCUCUCAGUCUGAUGAACAAUAUGCCUGCCGUCUUGGAUGCCAGAAUCAGUUACCAUAUGCUGAACUGAGACGAGACCAUGUAAGUAUUUAUAUUAGAGUGAGUGAAUACAUUUUCUCUGCUUGUAUUCUUCAACCCAUUCUUCAACUAUUUUAAAAGUAAAUUGUGGAGAGAAGCUCUGUGACAUGUUUGAAAUUUUUGCUUUUAUAUUAAUAUGUGAAUCACUAUUUAUUUGCAGCUCAUGUCCUUAAUGCCAAGAAUGCACCUUCUAUUCCCCCUUACGCUUGUGAGAUCAUUCUGGAGUGAUAUAAUGGAAACAGCCCAUAGCUUCGUCACCGCCUCAUGGACUUUCUACCUUCAAGCUGAUGAUGGCAAAAUAGUAAUAUUCCAGGUACUUGCUAACCUGCUCUUACCUGUUCUGCCAUAAGAGUUCAAGAGAACUAAGGGAGGGUGUUUUUUGUUAUUCUGUUUUAAAUCAAAUAACUCCAUGUUGAAUGUCUGGGAGUGUUCUGUUUUAUUGGGUUUGCUCUGCUUAAAAAUAUAAUGUGUCUAUUUAAAUUACAGUUUGUGUCAUUAUGUAGGUAAAUAUGUUAGGUUUGUUUCACUAAUUUGAAGGUUUUGUUGUUAUUUCAGUCAAAGCCAGAAGUUCAGUUCAUUGAAAGUCCUGGUCAGGAAACACAGGAUUUAAAAGAACCAUCAUUUCGCAAAGCAUCUUGUAAGUUGUUUUAGGGAACUUCAAGGAAUAGAAUAUGGUUUGCCAAACAGUAAGGAUGUACUGUCAGUGUCUGAGCGGCAAUUUGUAUCCAUGAUUAGAUAACUGUGGAAACCAGUAGCUUAUUUUUUAAGAUGCUUACUGUUUGGAAUUUGCUUGAUGACACAAUCUUUGUCUGAUGUUUAAACAUGGCAACUGAAACUUGUUUUUACAAGUUUUGUACUUCAGUUGCUUCAUUGGCUCUGGUUCAGCAAGACACUGCAUAUUGCAAAUGUAAGAAACAAACCCACAAGAUAUUUUUUAGCUGUUCGCUUUUUCCUAGGACUUCCUUCCAGUUAAAAAGGGGGCACUGCUCAAUCUUAACAUUUAUUUAAAGAGUUUGCUGUGUCUAGCAGGAGGAUUUACCGGAAGGAAAAAAGGUUGGGUAGACAUUUCAUAGCAUACAGAACGUAUUGAGCAUAUGUGUCUUGGAUUCUGUGAUAAAAUUAAACAAAAAUGUACUAUGAUUUUCAGUAGAUCUGCAGCCAGGAGGUCCACAGACACACAAGGGAUUCUUUGACGAAGAUGAAAGUGAUAACUUCUUCAAAUGUGUUUCAAUGUAUGUACAUUUUAGCAUAUGAAGCAUAAGAAGGGAGAGACAUGUUUCAUUCCCUAAUGCUGUAUAUCACAUGUAGUUCAACUACCAAAACAAUCGUGUGAAAUGUUUUCACAAAACAUUUUCUUAAAAUUAACAUUCUGACAUUCUAACAUGCUGUAUCUAAUUGAAUGCUCUCUAAAAACAGGAAAUGCCCAUAGUGGCACAACUUUUACUACAAACAUGCUGCUUGCAUUGAACAUUGUUUCCAAACUCAGACCAUUCUUUAAUAUUACUGUGUUAGGUCUAUCUGUAAGUAAAACAAAGUUCUGAGCAAAGCUGUUGGCUCACAUAAUAUUGAGGGUCAGUUUUAGUAUGAAAGGUGCUAAAGUAGUUGUGCUUUUAGGCUUGUGGCAGUGAUUGUUAACAGCUUUGGAUCCUAAACCAACUUCGAAAGGUCUUAAGUUCUUCUGAGCCUAGUAACCGUAGUUCCUGGUUCAGAUGAAAUUGAAAACUGGUUAACUGAAAAAGAUUUCUGUAUUUCAUUCAGGCACACCAUGAAAGGAAAUCACUGUAUUUCACAGGCAUACUGUCUGUACAUAUCUCGGCUUAUUAAGCUGAGACAUGAUCAUGUGAUCAUUUUCACUGAAGGUAAAUGGUAAUGGGAAACAAUAACCUCUUAUUAGAUCUUGAAAGCUCAAAGACAGUAGCUUUUGCUUAUUUUCUGGGACCAGAUUAAGGUACAGUAGUUGACUGUGGUGGCAUCUAAGUCUGCCUAUUUUGGAUUGAGUGUGUGUAGAAACAAUAUUUAGGGGGGAUACAAUUUUCAAUAUACCUCAAGCUUGUCUUUAUGGCUGAUCUGUUUUCUUAUAUUACAGAAAUUCUGGCUGGAUACUAACAACCACACUUGUCCUUUCUGUACUGGUGUUGCUCUGGAUUUGUUGUGCAACUGUUACUACUGCUGUGGAGCAAUAUGUUCCAUCUGAGGUAACUUAAGUCCUAAAUUUUCCAGGAUCCUAUCACAUUAUAUUCUGUGAUAUCAGAAUGCUUUGGGUUUGAUUAGAGCCCUUUUGUGCAGAAGAGAGUAUCUAAUGAUUCUCUUGUUAAUGAAACAGGAUUGUGAACAUAUAUAUUGAUUAUAUAUUGUAAGAGGUCUCACCUGCUUGUAGCUAACCUCCAAUGAAAUUGCCAAUUUAAUCAGCUGAUGUGAUCACUGGGGCAAAUACAGUAUGGAAUAUGUAAACUGGUAGUGACAGUUCAUGCUAGCUUUUUCAGGAAAACAAAAGAUAACAAGAGUGGUUUCAUGGGAUGAGUUUUGACACCUCGCAGCUGAAGCAAAGCAUGCACGUGAUUUUUGCUUAGCAAGGUGACAUUCUCUAGAUUUGGUGGGCAUUUCUGUGAGGUUGCAGUACUGAAGCCAUCUCAGUUCAUAAAAGUUAUAGUACAGUUGCAAAAAAAGGGAGAGGCAUUUCUGGUAGCAAAUAUGCCCGAAAAUGUUAAUGUAAAUAAAAUACCAUUGUAGAAGUCAUAUUGAUAGCCAUGCAUAUAUUAUGUAACAUACAAAAUGCUAUGCAGGAUUAGAUCAAGAUCUAUCAUCGAGUAGUUUGUGGAGCCAUAUGCAGCCAUUUUAAAAAGCGGUGCUCAGCUAAAGGGCUAAUUAUGUUUCAGAUGUAAUGUCCAAAAUCUUUAUUAAAAUUUGAAGUCUUCCAUUGCUACUUCCUACUAAUGCACAAUUUAAUUGUGCCUUUUCUUUGCCGGUGUCUCAAAGCCUUGAAAAUUUCACUCAUAAAGACUUGUUUAAUAUCUUCUACUCCUCACCCCUACCCCCCAACCCUAUGGUUCUGGAGAGUGAACUAAAAGUGUGUGGUCCUGUUUAACAGUAUAAUCCUAGGCAUGUUUACUUGAAAGUAAGUCCCACUGACUUCAGUAGGAGUUAUUCUCCAGUAAGUGUGCAUAAGAUUUUAAUCAUGAUAUCCAUGCACCAAGAUGUACUGGAAUAAAACUUAUUGUGUGAAAUGAUUUCCAUCUAACAUCAUUUUGUUGUUGUUGUUAUUAUUUUAGAAGCUGAGUAUCUAUGGGGAUUUGGAAUACAUGAAUGAACAAAAACUGAAUCGAUACCCAACUUCUGCUCUCAUUGUGGUUAAAUGCAAGGCUGAUGAAGAAGAAGCUGGACCUCUACCUACGAAAGUUAACUUGACUCAGUCAGCAAUAUAGAUUUAAAAAAUGAAUUCAUUAUCUUAUUCUAAGACUUCUGUUAACUUUGGUGACUUUUUCCAAUGAAGAGGCUUUUGCCGGGGUAGUCAAAAUUCAGAUUCAAAUAAAGUUACAUAAUUGAUUACUGUUCUACUGUCAUGGAAUUCAAUCUCAUUUUCCACAAGUAAAGGAAAUUGUGUUGAGCAAAUGGGGUUUGUAGAGAAUUUACAUUUAUUUGCAUCUUUUUUUUUUCUUUUUUUUUUUUGCUUACCAAAAAUCAUAAGUAUUGUCUAUACAUUAAGGUUGUGGUAUUUUCAAAUUAUGAACAUCUGUUGGUAUCAGAGUGUAUAUUUGGAAUCUUGUUUCUAAUAGUGUAAGGAAUUUUUUGUGGUCAAAGAUGCCUUUUAAGUUGUCUUCUCAGCUGUGGAUAAAUGAAACUAACAUGUAGAAUUGCUUAGAAAUCCUUAUUGCUUCAAAUGGCUCAUUUUCCACAAUAAGAGUACAUUUUUAUUGACCUUUGUGUCAGUUUCUGGCACUGAAGUACUGUGGGUCAGAAAUAAAACUUUAAUGUAUAGAGGAAUCUAUUAUGGUGUCACUUCUGUAUCCUAAAACAAAUAAGCUUCCCUGGCUUUCAUUUGCUACACUUGUUAGCUCAGAGAAAUGACUAAUUUAAACAACAACAACCUUUCCCUAAAAAACAGGCAACAUUGGUGGCAGACAAAAAUUUCUGUGUAUAUUGGACAUUGGUAUAUUUGACAUUGACUUGUUCACAAGAAGUCUCUUGACUCUCACACUCCUUCACACACCAGUUGAAAUUGAUAAAUGCUACUUUCAAUUUUAAACUAGCCACACUUCCCUCUUACGUAGAUGCCAGCCAAGAUCUGAAACCAUGGUUUGAUCCUGGCUUGUGUUCGCUAUACAGAGCUGUUGCUGGGAUCUGUUAGUUCAAAAUUGAAAUAAAAAGUUUUCAAUUUCUUCCUCUGGGGCACAAAGCAGGGAAGAUACUCACAAGCCCAAGGAUGUUGGAACUCAUUCUUGGAAUAGAUAAUCAUGGUUUCCCACUAUGCAUAAACCCAGACACAGUUUACACUUAACCCUAUCUGGGACAUGGCCAGCUUUUAAAAACCUACUUAAUGAAUAAGAAUAAAUCAUUACGUUGAGGCUUGUGACCAAACAAAUGUCUAAUACAGUUUUAUAAAUCAGUACUUUCCAGGGGAGUUUGCAAGUUCUAAUUUAUUGUUAAUAUAAUUCUAAAUGUGUUGAAUUGGGAAUUUUAUUUCAGUAUUUUUUUACAAGUGCUCUAAAAAUCUUUAAUGUUUUAAAUUUUAUUUAACCCUUGCUAAUUGGUAAAAAUGUUCUGAAAAAUAAUAAGCAUCUUUAUUUGGUUUACUGAAGUGUCCAUGCUUCAAGUAAAUGAUGAACAACAGAAGAGGAAGCUAUUGUAAACUCUACGGUGAAGUGACAAGCCAAUAAAAUUGGUAUGCCAUUCUCUAUAAAUAUCACUAUUGAAAGCAUCUCUGCAUAAUUAUAAAGUUGAUGAUUCUCUAAUAUAGUGGUGGUAGAAAAUGAGGCUUUCUGUCUAAAAGUUGAUCAAUGGGAGCCUAAUAGAAUAACUUGCAAGGGCAAUCAUUAAGCAAGUUAUAUUGCUGUGGUUUCAUCUAGUCAAUACAAAUUCUGAAGUUUAAAACUUGCCCUAUUUCUUAAAGCGAGAAACCAUGAACACUCCUUUACUAAUCUGUGAAAUAGUUACUUUCAAGCAACUUUUGCAGCUCAGUUGCUGUUUGUGUUGUACGAUAACUUCUGCAAUGUCAGUUGUCUUGAUUUUUCACUUGCUGGGCUAAAAUACCAUUGUAUUAUGCGCCAAUUAUUUCAACUACAUUUGCUUUAACUUAUACAUUUGUUUUUCAUUUGGAUUCUUGUUUUAGGAGAUGCCUUUGCAAAAUAAUCCAGACUAUAUACAGUAAAGGUUAAAUGGACUGAAAUGUAGUACCCUUACUUUGAAGGUUCAGUAUUGUUGAACUAAGGAUUCCAUAUUGCUAUGAUGUUACUGGAUUCUUCUCUCACUGUGACAACUUGAGCUGAAAUCUGUUUAAAGGUCUACAAUAAAUCAAUGGCUAAAAGAACUAGUGUAAUGUACUACUUUCCUUAGGAAGAGAAGUCAGUGAUCCCCUGUUAGCAACUGUGUCAGUCUACCAAAUUUCAGUUGUGGUUGGUCUGAAAAGCAACACUGAAAGCUCUCUUCCGGUGAUUCAGAUCAGCCGUUGAAAAAUACCUGUACAUUAAAUAUAAAACAUUGAUCUUGUUUCAUACUUCAUUUCACAGAACUGAACUGUUCUGCUCCAGCUUUGGAGAUCAAUAAAAUCCAUUGUGUUCAGU